GAAUCAAGGAAAGUAGGAAAUCGAGUUGCUUGGCUACGGAGUACCUGUGGUGGUUUAUAAAUAGAAUGUUGCUUCAUCAUCUUCAAAUUACGCCUUGCUAUCCUACACUUUGACCUGUUAUCAUUCACUCGCGCCCACCUUUUGGCUUGCAGUUGUAUUGACAUCCAUAGCCCCAAAAGGAUGAAUGGACGGGAGAGUCUGGAAUGCGGGUUUAGGUUACUAACUGAGGUAUCGAUUAUCAUACUCUCAACUUUAUCGUUGACGUCCGGCAAAGCGGGAAGUGACAAAAAGCGACUCGAGAAGUGAGGGCUUGGUGUCUGUUGCUCUGGGCCGCUGCCAUGUUGUGUGGCCGAGGCUUUCAUCAUGAAUUGGACUUUAAGAAGCGCAUACGGCAUUUUACAUGGUCGUUCUUCGCAAUGAACAUGGCCACUGGCGGGGUGGCCAAUGUGCUAUAUACUGUAUCGCUCCGAUUCCCUGGACUAUUUGCGAUUGGCUGCAUCUUUUUCAUUUUUAAUCUAUGCCUUUUUCUCAUCAAUUGCUGCAUGAUCAUAACACGCUUCGUCCUUCACCCGGGAUGCCUGCGAGCUUCACUUGUGCAUCCCACUGAAUCCCUCUUUGUUCCUGCCAUUAUCGUUAGUGUUGGCCUGAUCUUGCUAAACAUCAGUCAAUAUGGUCUGCUCAAUGUCGGACAUUGGCUGAAUACGACCGUCAUGAUUAUUUUUUGGAUUUAUGCCGGAAUCGCACUGUUAUUCUCCGUCGGCAUAUAUCUUGAGAUAUGGUCUACACAAACAUUUACCAUUAAUGAAAUGACUCCCAUCUGGAUCUUCCCGGCGUAUCCGCUUCUCGUUAUCGGCCCCCACGCUGGAACCUUGGCAACAAAGUUAUCAUCGCAGCGGGCGCUGUCUAUUCUCAUCGGCGGCUGGACUCUACAAGGCAUUGGAUUCAUGGUGUCUUUGACUAUUAAUGCUGCUUUCAUCUACCGACUCAUGACACAGAAGCUUCCCCGCGGGAAUCUAAGGCCUGGCAUGUUUGUCUCAGUGGGUCCUGCCGGCUUCACCGCAACAGGGAUCAUAUCCAUGUCGAGCGCUGCCGGACGGACCUUGCCAGAGAAUUUCCUGGGCGAUCUUUCCGUCACUGCGCCUAUUCUACAUGUCGUUGGAAGUUUUGCUGGGAUUUGGCUUUGGGGGCUCUCGCUAUGGUUCUUUUUCGUCUCAGUCGGCGCCCAUUGGUCAUGCGUCGGCCCAGGCAAACUCGACUUUACACUGACGUGGUACAGCUUCGUCUUUCCCAAUACCGCACUGAUCACGGCGACCUUUGCCGUUGCUGAAGCAUUCGAUGCAUAUGGCUUGGAAAUUGUCGGUUGCAUCUUCACUAUUGCCUUGGUCAUCGCAUGGUUCUUCGUCUUUGCAAUGAUGAUUCGAGCCAUAUAUUUGCGCCAGAUUCUCUGGCCCCAAAAGGGAGACGACAGAGACGAAGGUGGCUGGAAGGGCCAAGAUAUACUAUCGCCUUCCGACAACAACGGUGUCAGACGGCGGCAGGCCGACGAAGAAGCGAUUGACCCCGAGACGGGGAAUUAGCGGAUUUACGAUUCUUUCUUCCUUUCUUUCUUAUUGUUUCUACUUUGUAUGUGUGCUGUAACUUAUUCCUGGAGUGAUUACCUACUUCACCACC